AUGUCUCUCUCCCAGUACAGCACGAUGAUUACAGUCUGUGUUUGUUUCAACAGUCGUGUACAACUGACAGUGCCAUCAUUUACUGCCUGGCUCAGGUCACGUUACUCUAAGGCUUUAUUUAUUAUGUUAGGAAGGCCAGCACAGGAAAAGGACAAGGGUGUCUGUCAGGGAUGCCACCGUGUUAAGAAGUGGGGGCAGGGCCGCAUUUCCGGGCAACAGUGUCAACCUCAGCCCCGGGUUCUGGAAUCAGAUGGACCAGAGUUUGAACUCUGGUUCUCCUGUUGUCUAAUUGUGUGCGGCAGGAGCUCAAUCUCCUCAUCUGGAAAAUGGGAAUUUUCAUACCCCCCCCCACAGGAAUAUUGUGAUGUCUGGGAUACCAUCUAUGGACAGGCAGCGAUGCCUUAUUCGUAUUUGGGUCCCCCAAAUGCCUAG